AUGGCAAUCGCCUCUCUUCUGUCGUCCUUCUCCUCCAGCGUGCGAGAAGCGCCUCUCGCCUUCUCCCUGGGUGCUUCUAUCGUGCUGCUCACUUUGGCUUGGUGUUGGGCCAAGGAUGAACUGCCGUACUCGGGCUUCCCCGUAGUCGGCAAGGAAAAGGGAGAAUGGCUCAACACGAAGGCGAAAAUGCGUUAUGUCAUGAAUGCAAACACCAUUCUGAAGCAAGGCCUGGAGAAGUACAAACGUCCCUUCCAGAUCCUGGCAAGCCACGGUCCCGUCAUCGUCUUACCACCAACCAUGACGGAUGAGAUCCGCAACGACGACCGCCUGUCCUUCCUCAAAUCCGCCCAGACGCUAUUCUUGCCUCAAUACCCCGGCCUGGAAAUCUUCCACAACGACAUUGAAACCCACAAAAUCGUCCUCACAGUAAUCAAGCAGAGCCUGACCCAAUCCCUCAACUCCAUGACCCCCAUCCUCGCCGCCGAAAUCCACUCCACGCUGCAGACCCUCCUCCCCCUCCCGGCCACCACCAAAGACUCCACCUCCACCUUCACCCCCAUCCGCCUCGCCACCCUCACCCCGACCAUGGCCGCCCGCCUCUCGGCCCGCGCCUUCCUCGGCGCCCCCCUCUGCCACGACCCGGCCUGGCUCGACAUCUCCGUCACGUAUGCGAUCAACGCCCUGGGCGCGGUGCAGGCGCUGCGCUCGUGGCCCGCGUUCCUGCGCCCGCUGGUGCACAAGUGGUUCGUGCCGCAGCUGCGCGUGCUGCGCGAGCAGAUCGCGACGGCGAGGGGGAUCGUCGGGCCGGAGAUGAGGAAGAGGAGGGCGGAGAGGGCGGAGAGGGCGAAGAGGCGGGGGGUGGAGGGGGAGAAGGAAGAGGGAGGAGGAGGGGGUGGAGAAGGAGCAGCGGCGCGGCCGAUGGAUGCGCUCGAGUGGAUGGCGGUGCAGGCGGAGCGCGAGGGGCGCGCCGACGUGUUCGACGCGACGCUCGCGCAGGUGCUGCUGAGCUUCGUGUCGAUCCACACGACGUCCGGCACGCUGCUGGGGCUGAUGUACGACGUCGUCGGUGCCGGGUGGGCCGACGCGUUGCGGAGCGAGGUCGUCGACGUGCUGCGCGAGGAGGGCGGCUGGUCGAAGAACGCGCUGUAUAGGAUGAAGCUGAUGGAUAGCUGCCUGAAGGAAAGCCAGAGGCUGCACCCGAUGAACUCGCUCUUCAUGAACCGCGAAGUCACCGCCCCCGUCACGCUGUCCGACGGCACCCGCCUCCCCGUGGGCGCCAUCAUCGGCAUCCCGACCUUCCCCAUGCACGACCCGGACACCGCACUGUACGACAACCCGGGCGUCUUUGACGGCGCGCGCUUCCUCAAGCUGCGCGAGACCGACAACGACACGAAGUGGCAGUUCGUCACCACGAGCCCCGAGCAUUUCGGCUUCGGGCACGGGAAGCAGGCUUGCCCCGGGCGGUUCUUUGCGAGCAAUGAGAUCAAGAUCAUCAUGGCUCAUUUGUUGUUGAUGUUCGAUUGGAAGUUUGAGGCGGGGGACGAGCCGAAGAAGUUGAGCCUGGUGGAAUGCGAGUUUGUGCCGGAUGUGGAGCAGAAGAUUUGGGUGAAGCCGAGGGUGCCCGAGGUGGAUCUGGGUGCGUUUUGA